GAUGGGUGCAAACUAGGGUCGGGCGGGGUAGCUAGGUGCAUUUCGUUUGCCUGGUAUCCAUACCUGGGGCACCUCCCCAAGCAACAUGGAUGCUUAUAAUGAACCGUGACUGCCCUGACUGCCUUAGGAAAUCAUCACUAGACUGCCUACCUCUCUAACCUCCCAAACUAAAAACUCCAAAUCAACCAUUAUUUAAAUCCCACCUUGGCGUCUAGUGUGCCUACAUAGAUACUAACUGAUGACACUCAUAAAUCGAUUACAUACAUUGCCGUCACUCGCCAUGGCUCUCGUGCGUCUUCCGAAGGAGUUACUCUUAAAUGUAAUGGCUUGUCUUCGAGAUGCCCCAGACGUUUCGGCCCUGAAAUCCGUUACACGUACAUGCCGAACACUGCACGAGGUAGCCCAGAUUUGUCUGUAUAAUACCGCCUGGUUCACCAAUUCAAUAUCAUCAGACCAAUUCUUAGAGGCCAUUCAUCUUCGACCUGAGCGAAAAGCCCAUGUACGAGAUCUUCGAAUGCUAUUUGAGGAUAUUCUGAUGCCCAAUGUCAUACCAACAUUCGACCUUACCACAUUCCCCAAUUUAACAUCUUUGGUUUUCAAAAGUCCAGUAGGCUUCCACCGUUGGCUCCUUCGGAUGACUAAUUGGAGAGAAAUACUUAGCUACUUCAUGCAACUAUUCAGGCAGGCAUCGCUUCUAAACUCCUCUGUUCAUGCCCCGCAGCCGCUUCAGAACCUAAGAUCACUUGUCCUUCGCUGGCCCGGAGACGGCAAGACGAUGGAGAGGAUAACGCCUACGUGUCCGAUAUUUUUACUUUCCCAACUACACUCUCUGCGUAUUGGCUGCUUCAGAAUCUGCCACGAGAAGCCCAAUGAAUGGGGAGCGGAAAGGCUACAACCAUUCCAUCGUCAGACAAAGCUAAAAUCACUAUUCUUCGAUAAGUGUACUAUUUCCGUCGAGGAUCUACAUGCUGUCCUGUCGCUUCCGAAAGCGCUACAAACUCUCGUGCUUGACGAAAUUCUUCUACCAGGCGACAGUUCAACUAUCAAGGAUUUCAGUCAACUCAACUGUGCCAUUUCACAACACUCCGAGAGUCUAGAACAUCUUACUAUCUGUCUACGCAACCCUUGUUUUGUAAUUACCAAUGCUAUAACCCUCUCGCUUUCCCAUUUUCCCGUACUCUCACACCUUCAACUUAACUUGGCACCGAUGAUGAUAGGACCAGGAUUCUCAGGAUAUUGCUGCCGGUACGUCCUGAAGCCGCCGGUUCCACGCGCCUUACAAUAUCUACGGCUUGGAGUAUACGAUUGGUCUAUAUUCAGGAGCAAUUACCUCAGUGAAACUUUCACGGGAUUGCUGGUAGCCGAUUUAUUGGCUCAGGCCGAGGCUCGUGGUCUGCCCUUCACGCUGGACGUUUCGUUUGCAGGUUACGAUCGAUUCAAUCAUCGCAGCCCGUUUCAUGAUUAUGUAAACCCGCGAUUGCUUUUCGUGAAAAACUUUGAAAAGCAAUGUCGGCAAUUUUUGCAAUUUCUACAAUAUGAAGAAUUGUCUAUUUUAACGAACCUCGUACCGCCACCCACUAUGAUUCGAGUUACUCCGCGUCUACGAGCCCUCGCCCACGAAAUGUGGGAUGACGUACCGCUAUUUUUCCAUCAUGAAGUCCAAUCCCGGUUCGUCGUUCGCUACGAUUCGUCGCAUCCGGACCGGUUUCUCAACAAUAGUUUCUCAGAUAUGGGUAUGUCGCAAGCCCCAUUCCUUCUCAGAGGUGUAGUAGGAGCGAUAUAGAGAACACGACAAUGUUAUUACAAUAGUCCUGAUGCGACGAGCUCGCUUAGAGUAUGACUUCAUAGCGAAGGAAAUUUACUGCACGAAUGUCUUCCUCCGUAUCCCUAUGAUUAGGUCCGAGCACUUGUCAACUCCUUGUUGCCUAGGUACGUAAUCGGAUCCUAUUUACCCCUUUUCCCAGUUCCGCCUGGAUUACUCUACUUACCCUUUCGAUUGUUAAUGAAUGGAAAGUAUUCGCUUCCUUUCCAUCAUAACCAAGUGAAACAAUGGCUGAAAGUGAAGUAUCAAGAGAACCUUAGGAACCUAGGUAGUUGUGGUAGUAUUAUCCUUUUGACUGGCAUACUGAUCCAGUCAGGUAUUAGAGAGAUAGUUACUGUUCAUUUGACCUGGUGGACAAAACCCAGAAUAUAAAGACAUGGACAGUACAUUAAUUUGUACCUGGGUUGCCUUAAGUUGUACCAACAAUGCUAUGGUCUGCAAGUGGUUGAUUGUAACCGAGCCUCUGUGGGUUCUUAGGUGUAUUCCACCUUCUGACGCAUUAUGCCAGUCAAAGAGAUCGCAGUCAGUUUAGUUUCGAACUGACGAGAGCUGAGCAUUCAGCUGAAGUAGAGCAUAGUUUCUCAAUGCAUCUACCUGCAGCUCUG